AUGACUAUAUGCUCACUCUGUUCUCCUGCUCUGUCAAGUCCUUCUAGACUUCCAACACUCCCCGAGUCAUGGAAUUCUGGCUGCGGCAUUCUGGAGUCCAGCUCUACGCCGUAUUUCGUCGCGGACAGGGACAAUGAUACCCCGCCUGAAGAGAUCGGCCUACCUCAUCAUGUUGGCCUUGACGCGCUCACAGAGUCAGCAAAAAAAUGUUCGCUAUGCGAGAUCAUUCUUGAAACAGUCGGCAAGUUCAUUGAAGGUCUUAAAAAGGUGGAACAAGAUCCACACUACCGGUAUUUUGUGCUCGAACGUCAAAAUCAUGGAAUACCCGAGAAAUGGCCCUUCAAGCUUGUCCAGAGACUUGACAACGGUGAUGGAUUUGCGGUUCUUGCGACUAGCAAAAACAGGAGGUAUAUGUACCUGAUGGAUGUCUUUGGCUUCUGUGUCGACCCAGCGGAUUCACUAUAUUCUAUCAUGACACGAGGUGCUGGUGCUGGUGAGGCAGGCAGCUCCUUGCCCAAAGGAAGGAUUCGAGGAUCAAAGGUCGGGCCUGAUGCUGGAUCGAAAGAGACCUUGAGUGUGGUCACAGGCUGGGUAAACGAUUGCGUGCAAAGCCAUGAUUGUUGCCAGCCACCAGCUGAGACUCGUCUUCCUUCCCGUAUUCUGGACCUUGAAGCUUUGAACGAUCCCAACAAGAUUCGCCUAUUGGAAACAGCAGGCGACGAAAAGUAUGGCUCUUACAUAACGCUCAGUUACUGCUGGGGAUCUGAUCCUACUUUCCAUGUGCGAACUACUCACUCGACAAUGUCUAGUCACCUAGACAGCAUCGAAGUGGACGCUCUUCCGCAAACGUAUAAGGAUGCCAUAAUGAUCACUCGUCAUCUCGGUAUUCGGUUUCUUUGGAUCGAUUCGUUGUGUAUCUGCCAGGACGACGCCGAAGAUUGGGCGAGAGAGUCUGCUUCCAUGCAGCAAGUCUAUGCUAGAGCGUACUUAUCCAUUGCCGCGGACAAUGCUGCCGGAUCUGAGCAGGGAUUCUUGAAAAGGGAAGACCGCUCAUAUGUGCCGGCUACCAUCAAUACCUCAACUAACACUGGCGAUUCAUCCGAGUCAAAUGAGGUGGCUGGAUAUAUCUUUGAAGUGCCCCCAAACAAAGCACAUCAUGCCCGAGCGUGGAUGAUAUUUAACAAAGAACCCCUCACUAAACGUGGAUGGGCCAUGCAAGAACGACUUCUUCCUAUAAGAGCCCUUCACUUUGGUAACGACCAGAUGUUCUUUGAGUGCAAUUGCCACCUGUUGUCCGAAGACGGUGUUGAGGUCAAGGGUCGUUGGAACUCACUGUAUCCCCUCAAAGAGAAAGGGUUCAAGGAUAUCGCGCGCAAGUCGAGAGUGAGCGCCACGCAUCAGCUGUGGUACCUGAUCCUUGAAGACUUCUUCCACAGAAAGGUCACUUUAAAGAGUGAUCGCCUGCCUGCGAUUUCCGGUCUGGCGACCAUGUUCCAGAGUAGGCUUACCGAAGAGAUGGUGUCAAAAAAUGGCUCUGGAAAUGUUCAAUAUGUUGCUGGUCUAUGGAGUAAUGCCUUGAUCGAAGGUCUCGGGUGGUCUACUCUCGGUAGGAAGGAACCCAUAGCCCUGCCCGACCACAAACCACUGCCCGGUGCAGAGAAUUAUAUCGCACCUACUUGGAGUCCUGCUUCCUUUGACGAUGUCUCUGCCCAUGGCAUGACCAUGCCUGGUUGGGCCGAUGUCGCGACUGUCACAGAGUUCAGCGUGACACCAAAGACCAUGCAUAACCCAUUCGGCGAACUAAUUGAUGGUUGGAUCCGCAUCCGAGGUCCAAUGAUCAAGCUAUCGCUCAGCGAAUUACCGGACGAGGACCAGGAAAAGCUGGGAACAUGGCGACGUAACAUGAGACUCUGCACGCCAGGCGGUGAUGAAUAUGGUUCAUACUGUUCUAUUGACAGUGUUCACGGACAGAACGAGGAAACACGUGCCUGGAUCAAAGAUAACGAGAUAUUUGCGUUGGUCCUGUCGGUAAAGAAAGAUGAAAAAGGCGAAAUGAAUGUUCAACGUACAUACCAUGCAAUGAUGGUCAUGCAUUUGAGUCAGGAUAAGCGGGUUGUGCCUGGUAGGAAUGAGUUUAGAAGGGUCGGGACGGUCUUUUUGAGCGAUGAUAAACUUGGUGAUGGUAAAGAGUCAGUGGAGGAUGUUGAGAAGUUUGUGGAGUUGGUCUUGGUUUAA